CUUCUCAUCUAUGAUGCCUGUGUCUCAGGCAGGAUGGGGUUGGUUUUUUUUAAACUGAGGCGAGUUUCUCCUUUGAGCAGACUCCUUUCGGUGGCCUUCGCAGUCUGCCAUACACAGUUUUGCUAACACAGUUGUUCUCCUCCUGGGCAAUUGUUACUCAGAAGUAGUAAAGGUGGCGAGUUCAUAAAGCCUGAGGAGAUGAGUCAAAGAUGCAGUGAUAGCUGUGAGUUGACUCUUGGUUAUGCUCCCUGGUGUCCUGCCUGUCAGAAUCUGCAGCCUGAAUGGGAAAAGUUUUCUGAAUGGGGGGAAGAUCUUGAGAUUAACAUUGCAAAAGUGGAUGUCACAGAACAGCCAGGUCUGAGUGGGCGAUUUGUCAUAACAGCACUUCCUACCAUCUAUCAUUGUAAAGACGGAGAGUUUAGGAGGUACCAGGGCCCAAGAACUAAAAGUGACUUCAUAAAUUUCAUCAGUGACCAAGAAUGGAAGUCUAUUGAACCAGUUUCUUCUUGGUUUGGUCCUUCCUCUUUUCUGAUGAGCAGUAUGUCUGCUUUGUUUCAGUUGUCAAUGUGGAUCAGGCAUUGCCACAGUUAUUUUACAGAAAACGUGGGCAUACCAGUUUGGGGAUCAUAUGCUAUUUUUGCAUUGGCAACUCUGUUUUCAGGACUGAUACUUGGACUUAUCAUGGUAUUUUUAGCCGACUGUCUCUGUCCAUCCAAAAGGCACAGACCACAGCAACACUCUCAUCAAAAAAAAUUAAUUCCAGAAUCAGCCCGGCUCUUGAAAAAACUGGAUGAAGAACAAGAAGCAGAUGACGAGGAUCCUUCAGAUGAUGAAGCAGAGAGUCAAGAGGUGAUAGACAGAAACUCUUCAACAAAUGCUGUCAGACAGCGUCCUGUGAACCUUGCUGCUGCAACAGAUGCAUCAUAGUUUUGUAUACUGGAGAGUUUUUUGAGGAACAAAAGGUGUGGAAUGUACCAGACCCUUCUGCUUGAAGAGAGCUGAAACUUACGUUGCUGUACUGUUUGCUCAUCAGUUUCAGAAAAAGCUACCUUUAAAACAAGGCUGUGGCAUCAGGUAUUCAAAGCUGAAAUUUACUGUUGCAACUGAUGGAACCCAAUGCCAUAUGUCUGUGGAUUGUUGCUAAGAAAGUUUAUGUAUGGCUUUUUGAAAAAUUCAUUCUGUGGUUGAGUUGUACAAAAUGCAAAACCAGCAUUUUGGCAGUAUUCUAGAAUAUUAGCGAAGAAAAUGCACUAACAUGUUUGCCUGCUAAAGCAUUUGAAAAGAUUUCUCUGUGUAAAUCUUUCCAGAUUCAUUCUAAAGAAAUGCUGUAAAAAUGUCCUCAAGUUACAGGACCUUUGCCCAGUUUUUCUGAUAAAAAUGUACUAUAAACUAUUUCCAGUGCACUGUUCUGUUAGAUAAGUAUAAUAUUGAAUGCAGCAAGAAAAUUUCCUUACACCAAAUAAUGCAAACUUAGGUUAUUCUCUAACAAAAAAUAAAGAGCUGAGACCAAUAUGCCUCAUAUUGGAGUCUUAAAAACUGAAAAGUGGCUUGUUAGUGCCAAUCAAUUGCCUGUUAUUUAGGAUUGCCCUGUUACGAAACUUGAGUUUUUGCUUCUUAAUGUAGACCAUUUUUAUUCUGUUCCAUAUUACUCUUUCCUUUCUCUUUUAAAUCAUAUUUAAAUAAAUAUGAUUUAAAAAAACUGGAAGUCAAAGUGGUGGAAAAAUGUGAAAUCUUCAGUUCUGUGCUCAGUUUUUCAGAAGCUUUUGGUACUAAGCUUCCUAAUUAUCUUUUUUUUUCUUUUUUUUUUUUAAUGUUCCUUGAUAUGGAGUCACGGUGCAAAGCCAUGGUGUGUGUUUGUAGCAUCUGAUAUAGUAGCUAAAAUAUUUCUGGUUGCUUUUCUUAACUAUUGAGUAGAAUGGUAUUUUUCUACUUUAGCGUUCAAAUAAAAAAAUGCUUAAUUUUUUAUUUGAAUGUUUCCUAGAUAACUAAAGUGCAUGAGUAUGUUAUAGAUGAAGAAAGCUGGAGGCUUGAUCUUCUGCGCUCAAACAGAAACUGCACACUUUCUCCUGUUAAACAUUUAGUGUGGAAAAACUGUUAAAAUAGUUACUCCUUCCAGGUCCUCAGUUGAUACAUUUCCAGAGUUUGGAGUUCAGAGCAUCUCAUUUUCUCAAGUUACAGGACCUUUGUAUUGAUUGCGCAGAGAACUUUCAAUGCCUGUCUCUUGGCCUACAGGCCCAGCUAUUCUUUUCAAACACCACAGGGCAGGUGGUUUCUUGCCUUUCAGGAUCACCCUAAUGAAGCUAAUUUUAUUUAUUUUCACUUCUGUGGUAUUGCAAUAUGGAUAAUUCUAACCCCUUUAUUAAAACAAAUGAAAAUCUGGUCCUGAGGAGUUAAAUGAUUCCUAUAACAAUGUUCAGCUAUGAUCUUUUUUCCAUGAUACCUCUGUACUCUGAUCCAGUAAAGUGUCUGCCUGUUUCAUAUUACUUUAAGGAGCUGUUUGUUCCUUUAGUGAUGUCUCAUGGAAAACGAACCUUUACUAAAAUCUAAAAGGUAACAUGCUAUAUAAACAUGCUCUUUAAAAUAGUCCUAAACAUUUUCCCUAACUACAGUUCAAAGCUUUUGUAGCUUUCAGUUAAGAUAGCGAUGCUCCAUAUCAGUCUGUUGAAGUGAGUACUCUUAACUAUGGUGUCUUCUGACUACAGUGAGGUGACCAUGCAGUCAAAGCUGAGAACAGCAAAGGCCGGUACUCUAACUACUCAGCCACCACGAUGAAGGUCUGUCAUGUGCAUUGUGAAGCUAAUAUGAAAUACCUUGCACUACACAGAAAUAUCUUGCCAGUUGUAUUGUCUUUUUCAGAGGAGUAGAAUCUCCUAAAUGGCCCAAAGGAGAUACACAAGUUCUGAGCUUCUCAAUUAAAGGUGUAAUUCUUCUACUCUGAGACCGGAUUCAAAUGGCAUAUGGCAGUUCCCUGCCUGUCUCAGUGACUCCACCUCAGACUGGCUUAAUUUACCAGUAGAGUUCUCUGUCUGCCUAAGUGCCAGUUCCCUCAGUUUAUUCUGCAUUUGGAAAGCUGUCGCAAUUCAACCGCAUUAUAUUAUGAGCAUGUGCCAAGUGUGUCCUUUAAUGCUGCCAUCUUGGUUUUCUCUUAGAGGGCCAUUUUAAACGAAAUUAAUAUAUAAUGUCUCCAUCAUUAUCCUUCUAAGGAUUAUUUGUUCUGAUAGAUGGUGAGUGUUACUACUGGAAUUCUGCAUUAGAGAGCCAAAACCAAUGAAGAUCUCUGUUGCUAAUUUCUGAAGUGGUGGUUGCAAGUGAAAGAUUGCUGCAUAGAGUAGGUACAACUUUUAAAAAUAGCAGACACACAGUUCUUGCUGGUCGUCAGUGCUGGCGGAAAGAUGAAACAUCUUAAUUGCAAACAGUAAAUCUGGUCUGGAAUCACUAAAAGGCUCUACUCAUGGAAAUUAUGGUGCCCAUUUUAAUAAUUUUUCACCGCAGAAUGACACUUUGAAACCAGAAAUGUCCUAACAAUAUUACUAAUUACUUCUAGCAGAGACCAACUGAGAACAAGUCGCUAUUAAUGAAUAACCAAGAGAUGUGGAGAGGUUACAUUAAAACAAACGUGCUCAGCAUUUACAAAUACUGUGGUUGGUUUACUACAUUGAAAGUCAUAAGGGACACUUGAAGUGUCUUAGUCAUGUCUUGAAAACACUUCUUCGCAAUAAAUGACAAAAUAUGCAUUUGUAUGUCAGUCAGAUCUUGAAUCAACCUGCAUACUGUGAUUAUAAAAACAUGAGAUUCAACUCAGCAGGUAUGUUCUGCUGUCAAACAGAUCCUCCAGGGACAGUCUCAGAAGUACAAGAAAAUGAUUAGCUAUGAACUGUGUCCUAGUACUUCCUGUUAAUCUCGUUUUUGUUAAUUUUGGAGCUGUUGAUUUGAUUUUAAGUUCUGUUUUGGCAUUUGUGAAGUUACAUUGUUGUAGUUACACUUUCAGUAAGGUAACUCAAUCUAUUUUGGUCAGCU